UUGUUUUGUUUAGUUAUAUUGAUUACAGAGUAGGUUAUUUGUUUUGAAUAGUUAUUAACACCAGUUUAUCUUGUACAUUUCAUAAAUUUCAAUAUUUAUAUCAUACUAGUAUUAGAGUAAUGUUUCCUUGAUUGUAUUCUUUUACAAUUUUCUUUCAUUAUUAACAUGGAGUGUGAUGAAGAUGGUGUUUAUAGGUUAGAAGGUAGCCAAAAUGAAAAAGGCGGUUUAAUUAUUAAGAAAAAGCCUGUUUCUGGUGCAAAUUUUGAAUUCAGAGUUCCAACAACAUCUCUUCUUGGACUAGAUAGACUUGCAGGUACAGAAUCUGUGGAGAAGGAAUCAAAGAAAUCAAAACUUUUAUCAUAUAAAGAUGUUGAUGAUGGUGAAAAUGCUGAGGAAAGUCCAAGGAGAUCUGACAGAAGAGACAAAAAGAAAGAUAAAGAAAGACAUUAUAGAGAAGCAUAUGACGAGACUCCAACACACACUGGCGGUAUAUCACGUGAAGCUAGAGAGAGACAGGAAGCCAGGAUGAGACGAGACAGAGAGAAAGGUCUUUAUACCAGCUCCAAAGACAGAUCUGACACAGAGAGAGGUAGAGGUCGAGACAGAAAAAGUGAGCGGAGGGACAGAGAUUCUGUGCGUAGAGAUAGAGAAUCAGAGCGGAGAGGUAGAGAUUGGUCAGAAACACCCAGCGUUCGAUUCAAAGAUGAACCAAGAACACCCAGCUUUAAGGUUAAAGAUACUCCAUCAAGAACAUCGUGGGACGAUGAUGAUCCUACGCCACCACGCCAUUCCAGCUGGGACUUGCCAACACCACGCACUUACAAUACGCAGGAGAACGGUGAGUGGUCAACACGCACUACACCAGCGCACCGUUACAACGUAUGGGCCAAGGAUCGAAAGCGCACCGGAGCAACCCCCUUGCCAGGCAAAGAGGGGGAAGUAGCGUGGGGAGGGCGAAGUGAAAGGGAGCAGUGGGAGGCUGAGCAGGUCCGCCUAGAUAGAGAAUGGUACGCUCUGGACGAGGGGGCUGAUACUGCCAACAACCCUUUCAGCAAUGUCAGUGAGGAGUACGCACGCAAGAAGGAGCAGCAGUUGGAGCAACGCAAGAAGAAACGAAUGUCUGCACAACAGCGGCAGAUCAGCAAGGAUAAUGAGCUGUGGGAGCGUAACCGGAUGUUGACCAGUGGUGUGGUACAGUCAGUGGAUGUUGAUGAUGACUUUGACGAUGAGAGUGAGGCCCGUGUACAUCUCCUAGUACACAAUAUUGUUCCACCCUUUCUUGAUGGCCGGAUCGUCUUUACUAAACAACCGGAACCGGUCAUCCCAGUUAAAGAUCCAUCAUCAGAUAUGGCUCUGGUUGCGAGGAAAGGGUCUGGGCUGGUCAGGGUGUACCGAGAGCAGAAAGAGCGGCGGAAAGCUCAGAAGAAACACUGGGAACUUGCCGGAACCACCAUCGGAAACAUCAUGGGCGUUGAGAAAAAAGAAGAAACUGAUGAACGGCAAGGAAAGGAUGAUGAGACGGAUUACAAGACAGACCAGAAGUUUGCCGAACACAUGAAAGACACCCCGGAAGCCAGCAGUGAGUUUGCUAAGAAAAAGACUAUAACAGAGCAGAGGCGGUAUUUGCCUGUGUUUGCUGUUAGGCAAGAGCUGCUGAACGUGAUCCGAGAAAACAGUGUGGUAAUCAUUGUUGGAGAGACAGGCUCAGGGAAAACCACACAAUUGACCCAAUACUUGCAUGAAGAUGGAUACAGCAAGUAUGGGCUCAUCGGUUGUACCCAGCCAAGAAGAGUGGCAGCCAUGUCAGUAGCCAAGAGAGUCAGUGACGAAAUGUCCUCCAAGUUGGGAGACACUGUUGGAUAUGCAAUCCGUUUUGAAGAUUGUACUUCAGAAGACACAGUGAUCAAGUACAUGACAGACGGAAUCUUACUGAGAGAGUCCCUGAGAGAGCCGGACUUAGAUAAUUACAGCGCCAUUAUCAUGGACGAGGCGCACGAGCGCUCUCUGAGCACUGAUGUCCUCUUUGGCUUACUCAGGGAGGUGGUGGCACGGAGACAGGACCUCAAGUUAAUUGUCACAUCUGCAACAAUGGACGCCGGAAAAUUUUCAACAUUCUUCGGCAAUGUCCCAACGUACACAAUACCUGGCAGGACAUUCCCUGUAGAGGUGUACUUCAGCAAGAAUCCUGUGGAGGACUAUGUGGACUCUGCAGUCAAACAGGCUCUGCAGAUCCAUCUUCAGCCUCAUGAAGGUGACAUCCUGAUCUUCAUGCCUGGACAGGAAGACAUCGAAGUGACUUGUGAAGUGUUAGCUGAGAGGUUGGCCGAGAUUGACAAUGCACCACAGCUGUCAGUGUUGCCAAUCUACUCCCAACUGCCAUCAGACCUGCAGGCCAAGAUAUUCCAACGGUCACCAGAUGGGCUCCGCAAAUGUGUGGUGGCCACCAACAUUGCAGAGACUUCACUGACAGUGGACGGAAUAAUGUUUGUGGUGGACUCCGGCUACUGCAAGCUGAAAGUCUACAAUCCUCGGAUUGGUAUGGAUGCCUUGCAGAUCUACCCUAUCAGCCAAGCCAAUGCUAACCAGAGGUCUGGUCGUGCUGGGAGAACGGGGCCAGGGCAGUGUUACAGGCUGUACACUGAGCGACAGUACAAGGAAGAGCUGUUGGUGACCACAGUACCGGAGAUACAGAGGACGAAUCUAGCCAACACUGUGUUACUGUUGAAGAGCCUAGGAGUCCAGGACCUGCUGCAGUUCCACUUCAUGGACCCUCCACCACAGGACAACAUACUGAACUCACUGUACCAGCUGUGGAUCCUAGGGGCCCUCGAUCACACGGGUUCCCUCACGCCCCUAGGGAGACAGAUGGCUGAGUUCCCCUUGGACCCGCCGCAAUGCCAGAUGCUCAUUGUCUCCGCACAGAUGGGCUGCACUGCCGAUAUACUCAUCAUAGUGUCAAUGUUGUCUGUUCCGUCAAUAUUCUACAGACCCAAAGGGAGGGAAGAGGAGGCUGACUCUGUGAGAGAGAAGUUCCAAGUGCCUGAGUCUGAUCAUCUCACCUUCCUCAAUGUCUACAACCAGUGGAAACAGAACAACUACUCUGCGAGUUGGGCCAACGAACACUUCAUCCACAUCAAGGCCUUGCGUAAAGUGCGGGAGGUAAGACAGCAACUCAAGGACAUCCUGGUGCAGCAGAAGAUAGAAGUCGUCAGCUGUGGAACAGACUGGGACAUCAUCCGAAAGUGCAUCUGCUCAGCAUAUUUCCACCAAGCUGCGAGACUGAAGGGUAUCGGAGAGUAUGUGAAUUGUCGGACUGGUAUGCCAUGUCACCUUCACCCCACCUCAGCGCUGUUUGGGAUGGGCUUCACCCCCGAUUACGUUGUCUACCAUGAGCUUAUCAUGACUGCUAAGGAGUACAUGCAGUGUGUGACGGCGGUGGAUGGCCACUGGUUGGCAGAACUGGGGCCGAUGUUCUUCUCGGUGAAGGAGACCGGGCGAUCGGGCUCAGCCAAGCGACGCAGGGCACUGGAGCAUCUCCAUCACAUGGAGGGCCAAAUGAAGGCUGCGCAGGAAGAGAUGAGGGCUCGGCAGGAGGAGACAGAAAGGCGGAAUAUGGCCAGUGUCCGGAAGAGUGAGAUUAUAACUCCUGGAGUCCGAGAACCUGGAACUCCUGCAACUCCCCGGAGAACUCCAGCAAGACUUGGGUUGUAGUUAAUUAUGUGCAUUAGAGUUUAACAGUGUAUAAGCAGUACAAAGCUAUGGAAUGAAGAGUAAAAAUCUUGUAUUAUAGUUCAAAGUGAACAAAAUAACAUUUUACUUUAGAAGUCACGUUUUUUUAUGUACAAAAUUAUAUACAUUAUUGUAUAUUGGAUUUCUUUUUGAAAUGUACUUAAAGGAUCAAGUAUCGUAAUUUCUAACAAUAGUGUUAAAUUGAUAUUAUUAUAUUACAUGUAAAUACUCGUUUUAUAUUAUUUAUUUACUUUGUAAAUAAAUACAAAUUUUACAUUUUA